UUAUUGAGUGUCGUACUACUGACAUACUGUGGACUUAGGCGCUUGACUGGUGAGUGGUGCUGUGGCAACGUUGUAACCAUGUCGAUGGCGUCCGAAUUUGAAUCGGUGCGACCAUACAGUCGAUACGGCUAUGAACCACCAGUGAAGUCUUCUCAUAUACAAAAGACUGUGGUUUACCACACUGCUGGACUCGGUCUUUACGGCGUUGAACACCCCGUAGGAAUUACAGUUCGUGACCUUUCAUCUGGUAAUAUUGUACAAUUGAUAUCGAGAACCAGUGGCAAAUGUGUGCGAGUCAACGCUAGAACAUUAUCCAUCGAUGGUGGCGGAACUAAUGGACUCCAAUCCAUGUUUGUUGUGACUAAUAUAAACAACGAUGACAUUGUGACUUUGAGAUGUCUCUCCAAUCCAGCCAAGUUCUUAGUUCUCAAAGACGGUGAACUGAAAGCUGACGGUAAAGGAGGCCCGGAGUGUCGGUUUCGUUACAGUCUCGUUGACGGUCAGUAUAUGAACUUUGAAUCCGUCUACAAUCCCAAUAGAUUUAUCAGUGUCUAUGAGAAGGGAGACGUCCGCACACCGGCACCAGGAAAGAAAAAGAGAAAAGGACAAAAUGCGCAUUUUAGAGUUAGACUGAUGGGUCAGAGUUACCAAACCUAUGCAAAUUAGAUUAUGGUGUACGUAAGAUUUCUUUGCUUUCAAUGCAAAGUAUAUAUGACUUAUACUGUAUACUAGUAAUAAAUUAAAUUAAACAUAAUAACAUAGGGUAAACUACUGAUAGAACGUAGAGAUGCUGACGGCGAAUUGAAUGAAGAGAACAUUGAGGGCGCUUCGGUACGGUGUAGCUUUCGUCAGAAGUCUCCAGAAAAGAAACUCUGAAAAGCCAUGCUAAAAGCGUCCUCUAUGGUACAUAUUUAACACAUUGACUGACAAUUUCGUAUAUUCUUAUUUUAUAUCGCAUUUCAUGACAUUCGUGUUUUUAAAAAUCAUAUUUACAUAUGUUGAUGCAUGUCACAUUGAGAUCUGUGCUGUGGACGAUCAAAGUAUUUUUGACAAUUUUUAAUAUUAAUUUUACUAUAUGAUUGUACUGUAUAGGUUGUUUAAGCAAUAAAUAUCGUGAUAUCGAA